UCUAAAAGAUAAAGGAUAAUACAGUAAAACGUGGCAACAGUUUUCUCAUUGGUACUUUCUAGAUUUCGCCGAACUUACAAACCCUAAAGUAAACCAAAAAGAAAUUAAGACAACUCGCUCGUAUCUUAAACAACCCACCGCAAAAUCCGUAAUCACCGACGAUGGCAGAUCUUCCGACGGAAGUUACCACUGAAAUCCUCUCACGUGUUCCUGCAAAACCACUCCUCCGCCUACGCAGCACUUGCAAGUGGUGGCGAAAUCUCAUCGACAGCACUGACUUCAUUUUUCUUCAUCUAAGCAAAUCUCGAGAUUCCGUUAUCAUUCUCCGUCAACACUCUCGUCUCUACGAAUUGGAUUUGAACUCCAUGGAUAGAGUUAAAGAACUCGAUCAUCCUUUGAUGUGUUACAGUAACCGCAUCAAGGUGUUAGGUUCCUGCAACGGUCUUCUAUGCAUCUGCAAUAUUGCUGAUGAUAUUGCUUUCUGGAAUCCUACGAUCCGUAAACAUCGGAUUAUUCCAUCGGAACCGUUAAUCCGUAAAGAAACUAAUGAAAACAAUACUAUAACUACGCUUUUAGCUGCUCAUGUUUAUGGAUUCGGUUACGAUUCUGCUACGGAUGAUUAUAAAUUGGUUAGCAUUUCGUAUUUUGUUGAUCUACAUAAUCGUAGUUUUGAUUCACAUGUUAAGAUUUAUACUAUGAGAACUGAUGUUUGGAAAACGCUUCCAAGUAUGCCUUAUGCUUUGUGUUGUGCUAGAACUAUGGGGGUUUUUGUUUCUGGUGCUUUGCAUUGGGUUGUAACUCGAGAUCUUGAACCGGAAUCACGUGAUUUGAUAGUUGCUUUUGAUUUAAGGUUUGAGGUUUUUAGGGAAGUGGCGCUUCCGGGGACUGUAGAUGGGAAAUUUGAUAUGGAUGUGGCGUUGUUGCGAGGGAUGCUUUGUAUAAUUGAGAAUAGAGGGAGUGAUGGUUUUGAUGUUUGGGUUAUGAGAGAGUAUGGAUCGCAUGAUUCGUGGUGUAAAAUGUUUACGGUGGGGCAACCGCGUGAUGUGAAAUUGAUGAAAUCUUUGAAGCCGUUGGGUUAUUCGAGAAAUGGGGAUAAGGUUCUGUUUGAACAAGAUAGUAAGAAACUAUGUUGGUAUAACCUUGCUAGUAAAGAUGUGAGUUGGGUUAGAAUUUCAGGAAUCCCUAAUUCCAUUGAAGGAACUGUUUGUGUUGGAAGCCUUGUCAAACCUAGUUUGAUGAUGAAUCGAAGUGUUCAAAGCAAGAAGCAGAAACUCGUAGAGGAAAAGAAUAAGAAGAAAAGGGAUGACUUCUUGUCCAAAGGGUUCAAAUUAACGUUGUAAACGAACACAAGAAGAAAGAACGGUAUACAGCUGAAACUGGUGACCCGACAAAUUCAUGAGUUAUACCUGGUCGACGGAUACUGAAAUUUGCCUUGACUCAUCAGGAAGAGUUGGAAUGAUCAGUAACCAAGCCCUUUUUAACUGUUGGUUAAUUUUGACUUCUUCCCUCCCCUGUAUUGCUAUGAAUCUGCACCUUUUGUUUUCUCAGGGUUGAACAGGAACAAAGGUACUUGAGUUCGUGCAACACUUGUGACAAUGACAAAAAUAUACGAAAGGUAAGUCCAGCAAUUGGCCGUAGUAGGACUGCCUAGGCACCUCCUUCCCUUUCUCUGGUUUUGUUGUAAUAAAUUGAAAUACUCCUCCUCAUGUCGAAACUUCUGUCUACCUCAUGGGAUGGUUUUGCUCUAUGUAUUUGCUGGUUGCUUUGCAGCCACACAUGUACAUUACAUUGUAAUAUGUAAAAAACUCAAAUAGUUUUUGUUGUUCUUUAGCAAACUCAAAUACAGUUUUACUUGAAUGGUUUAUUUGUAAGGACUUAGAAGCAAGUCACUUCUAAUGAUGAGGAAACCCGAUUUUUUGCUGGGAAGACUCAACUGAGAAAAUAGUUGGCACUCUGUUCUAGUGCUCUGAUUAGUUUCAGGAAGAAAACUAGUAUAGUUGAUUUUGUCUCAAUAAAAUGUCAUUUUACUAA